GGGCGUUUGUUUUUGUCGCCUCCGUGGCUUCUUUUCAGCCGGCGAGUGGUCGGUCGAGGUUGUUCCCAUGCCUCGAUGAGAUUUGUACCAUUUUGCCUCCGGCUGUACUGUAGAGGUCGGGGUAGCUGACGUUUAUGUUUUUCCGAUAGGAUUCCAAGCGCAGCUUGAAGAACGCCUGAUUGGAAGGGAAAAGAACAUAGCACAGCAGCGUAAAUGAAUGGACCGCAGUCCUUUUUGUUUGGCACAUGCAGCUAGUUGUUGUUCCCCGCCAACUGGGGUCCACAGGAUUCCUCCUGUCUUACCCCUGUAGUAGAGGGGUAAUUGUGCGUUUUGGGAAAUUGCAUGAACAUGUCAUGCCUGUGUGGCCAUUCAAAGGCCAAGCUCAGUUCCAUCAAUUGCGGAUGGACAUUGGGAACAUUGAUCAACUUCAGCUACCCAGUUUCUCCGACCCAAAUCCCAGGUCCUUUGUGGGUAACCACGAAUGAACUCCCCAAAGGCUUUUUGUGUGCCGCACAAGACCCAGGCUAUGCAGAGAACACGGCGUCAACAAGUAGUGAGACGAAGGUGGUCUCCUUGCGCGCGGAUCUCGAAGGCACCUCGCCGCCCUUCGCGCACGACUUGGCGGAGCAUGACUGCAUCGAUACCACGGUCGGCCCCAAUGGGCCGAAUGGAACCGCCUUCCGCAACCGGAGACUGGUGCACAUGGAGAAUGUCAUGACGCCACGGCAACAUCACUUCAAAGAAGCAGUUCAGCUUCCAAAGCUUCUUCGAUAUCCAUCAUUGCCCAAGGACUUCACAUUAGAAGAGGGCAACGAGGAAUAUCAAGAGCGAGAGGUCUUGCUACAGCUCUUCAGGGAGUUCGCGCUGGAUAUGAAUCGGGGCAGGUAUUUGACACAGCUGGGAUCGAAUCAAGACUAUUCGGUGAUUCAUUGCCAAGUGAUGGAUGACCUGCAAACCUUGAAGGUGGAUCAAGGAAAUGGUUGUAUCAUCGAGUUCCCUCUCACCGGCGUCUCCAAAGUCUACCGCAUCGUGAAGACCGAUGAGCGCCUCACCUCGAUGUCCAGCACACCCGCGCAGAACAUCGAACAUAUUGUGGUGGUGGAGUUUAUGCGACGAAAAUUGGCCUUCGUCUUCACGGAGGUCCAGGAGGCCCAGCGGUUUUUGCUUUGCAUGGAGCUGAUGAUCCGACGGGCACAGGAGGAAGUCCGGGAUGGUGCUGACGGUCAAAGCUGUCCAAGAGGGUCGCAGGCGCGAAGCACUGCUGGGACGGCACCCUUUGGGGGUCAAAGGCGUCCGGUGCGGCCUCUGUUGGGAGAGCCCAAGACCAACACUGGAGUGGAGUGCGUUUGCAAACACGAGUGAUCCCGUGCAAACCCACAGCGUGUGUCCUCCUCCGUUUGAAGACGCGUGGAGGAUCGCGGGGAGGAUCGCGUGGAUGACGUGAACCGAUGCUUCCACGGGCCAAACCUUGCUUAAACAAACAAACACACACACACUUAUAUAACUCAUAUCAGAGAACCGACCCAGAUCGAGGACAUGUGUUUUUUGUUUUCGAUCUUUGCAUUUUCAGUAGUAUGCGUAUGCAUCUUUGGAAUGCUUUGGGGUGUAUUUGGGUGUUGUAGAAACGCAUACUAUAUUGCCA